GGAAGCCCCGACUUCUGCUGAGUGACUCGUUCGUGUCCCUUGGAAGAUCGCCUCUGCAUUGAGGGAUUCCCCCGCUUCCCUCGCGCCGUUCGAAGUGUGUUUCGCUUCGGUGGUUCGUGCAGUUUCUCCGAGAGGAGAAUCGAGCCAUGGCUGAUCGUUUGUUGCCCCGAAGUCAAAGCAUUUGCGAGCGUUUUGAUAUUGCCCUCUCUACUCACCCCGACGGUCUUCGCGCCUUCCUCUUAAGGGUUGAAGCCAAGGGCAAAGGCAUCUUGCAGCGCCACCAAAUUCUUGCUGAGCUUCAGGCGAUCCCUGAGGAGAGCAGAGCACAGCUUCUUGAUGGGGCUUUUGGUGAAGUCCUCCUCAAAUUCACUCAGGAAGCAAUUGUGUCGCCUCCAUGGGUUGCUCUUGCUGUUCGUCAAGGGCCAGGUGUGUGGGAACACAUCCGUGUGAACGUCCGUGCUCAUGUUCUUGAGCAAAUGGAGGUUGCUGAGUAUCUGCACUUCAAAGAGGCGCUUGCUGAUGGAAGCUUCAACCCUAAUUUUGGGCCAAUCACUGCCACUUUUGAGCGCCCAACUCUUUCCACAUCUAUUGGGAAUGGCGUUGAGUAUAUCCGUUGCAGUCUCUCCAAUAAGCUCUUCCAUGACAAGGAAAGUUGGUACCCUCUGCUUGAAUUCCUCCAAGUCCACACCUACAAGGGGAAGAACAUCAUGAUGAAUGCCAGAAUCCAGAAUGUGUUGUCCCUCCAACCUGUCCUGAGGAAGGCAGUGGAGUAUCUGACCCCACUCAAACCGGAGACUCUGUAUUCUGAGUUCCAGCACAAGUUGCAGGAGAUCGGGCUGGAGCAGGGGUGGGGCGACACAGCUGAGCGGGUCCUUGAGAUGAUCCAGCUCCUGUUGGGUCUUCUUGAGGCUCCCAACCCGGGCACUCUCGAGAAGUUCUUGGGAAGGAUUCCAAUGGUCUUCGAUGCUGUGGUUGUGUCUCCCCAUGGAUACUUUGCUCAGGACAAUGUCCUAGGUUAUCCAGAUACCAGUGGCCUGGUUGUUUACAUCCUGGAUCAAGUUCGUGCCCUAGAGACUGAAAUGCUUCACCGCAUUAAGCAACAAGGACUGGAUAUUACUCCUCGGAUCCUCAUUAUCACUCGGCUUCUCCCAGAGGCGGUUGGAACCACCUGGGGCCACCACCUCGAGAAUGUUUUCGGGACCAAGCACUCUUACAUUCUUCGCAUCCCCUUUAAGGACGAGAAGGGAAUUGUAUGCAAGGGGAUUUCCCGAUUCGAGGUGUGGCCCUAUUUGGAAAGAUUCACCGAGUAUGUCGCGGAAGAACUCAAUGCAAAGUUGCAGCGCAAUCCCGAUCUGAUCAUCGGAAACUGCAGUGAUGGAAACAUUGUUGCUUCCUUGUUAGCCCAAGAAUUAGGUGUUACACAGUGUACAAUAGCACAUGCCCUUGAGAAGAUAAAGUACCCAGAGUCUGACAUAUACUGGAAGAAAUUUGAGGAGAAGCACCGCUUCUCUUGCCAGUUCACAGCGGAUCUCAUCGCUAUGAACCACGCUGACUUCAUCAUCACCAGCACCUUCCAAGAAAUUGCUGGAAGCAAGGAUACUGUGGGGCAGUAUGAGAGUUACAUGAACUUCACUCUUCCUGGACUCUACCGAGUUGUCCACGGGAUCAACGUCUUUGACCCAAAGUUCAACGUUGUUUCUCCGGGUGCCAACAUGAGCUUCUAUUUCCCCUACACCGACCAGAACCGACGGUUGAGAAUCUUGCACCAUGAGAUCGAAGAACUCCUCUUCAGCAAAGUUGAGAACAAGGAACACUUAUGUGUUCUGAAAGAUAAGAACAAGCCAAUUAUUUUCACCAUGGCGAGUCUGGACCGUUUCAAGAACUUGACAGGGCUUGUCAAGUGGUAUGGCAAGAACCCCAGGUUGAGGGAACUGGCCAACUUGGUCAUGGUCGGGGGCGACAGGAGGAAGGAUUCAAAGGACUUGGAAGAGCAGGCUGAGAUGAAGAAAAUGUACAACCUCAUCAAGAAGUACAAGCUGAAUGGCCAGUUCAGGUGGAUUUCCUUCCAGAUGAACCGACAGACGAACGGAGAGCUUUACCGCUACAUCUGCGACAUGAAGGGGGUCUUUGUUCAACCAGCUAUCUAUGAAGCUUUUGGUUUGACUGUGGUUGAGGCUAUGGCUUGUGGAUUGCCGACCUUUGCCACUUGCUAUGGUGGGCCGGCUGAGAUCAUUGUGCAUGGUGAAUCGGGCUUCCACAUUGAUCCUUACUGUGGUGACCAGGCGGCCGAGCUUCUUGUGGAGUUCUUCAAGAAGUGCCAGACUGACCAAAGCCACUGGGACAAAAUCUCAGAGGGUGCCGUGCAGAGAAUUGAAGAGAAGUAUACAUGGAAAAUAUACUCUGAGAAGCUGUUGAACCUACCUACUAUGUACGGCUUCAGGAGGCAUGUGACUAACCUCGAGAGCUGCCGAUAUCUCAAAUUGUUCUAUGACACCAUUUAUCACCCACUGGCUCAGUCUAGUUCCCCCCGCAGAAGGAAGUGGAAGCGUUCGACUUUGAAAGUCCUCAAGAGGCCCAGUCUAGUUCCCUCCGCUGUUUGAAGAGGAAGCAUUCGACUUUGGAUUUGGAUUUUCUCAAAGGGUUAUUUUCCUAAUUAUUUUUUUUAUAUGCAUCAUCUGUUCUCUGAACGUACGAUUUGUAUCUUGAGUUUGACUCAUACUUUUUACUUUUUUUUGGGUCGAGAAAGUUGAAGGUUUCAUUAACUUGAAGCAAGUUUGUAUAUCCAAUAUAGAUUUCGGGAGAUAAGACAGCCAAUCAAGAGGGAGUUCAUUUAUCUGUUUGGCCAAAA